AUGAUCGCUAGAUCUAGUUGUCCGAAUUUAGAAAGUAUAUAUGUUAGUAAUGAUGAUAUAGAUAACGAAGAGGAUAUAGAUGAAGAAUUGGACAUAAAUAAUGAAGAAAAGGAUAUAAAUAAGAAUGUUAAUGAUAAAAAAAAUAUAAAUAAGGAUAUUAGUAAUGGAAGGUCUAAUGAAUCCAAAGUUAGAUCAGAAGAAAUUUUUACAGAAGAUCCUCUCUAUAAGCUUUUUCAAAAAGUUUUUGUAAACGAUUCCUGCAAUUGUGCGCCACCAAUCAAAAAACCUUACUACUUAGCUAGCAUAUUUCCUAUU